AUGAGUUUGGCUUUCGCUGGUUCCAUUGGUAUGACUUUAGUCAUAUUAGCAUGUGCAUUGCCAGAGUUAAAUUCUUGGUGGCCAUUCAUAGUAGUGAUAUUUUACCUGCUGGCACCAUUACCGACCAUGCUGAUGAAACGGUUCAAUGAUUACUCAGGAUCCGGUAAUGCCAAUAUGGAUUUAGCUGUUUUUAUUACAAUGGGUAUAGUGGUGUCUUCAUUUGCAUUGCCUAUAAUAAUGGCCAGAGUUAAUGCAAUUGCAUGGACAGCCUGUAAUUUUACAUUGUGUGGGAACAUAGUUGUUUAUUUGACAUUUAUAGGGUUUUUCUUAACUUUAUAUCAAGAAGAUACUGAUUAUAGUUUAUGGUAA